CAUCCCGGGAAUAAAUCUCACUUGGUUGUGGUGGAUAAUUUUUUUCAUGUAUUGUUGGAUCUGGUUGACUAAUAUCUUGUUGAGGAUUUUUGCAUCCAUUUCAUCAGGGAAAUUGGUCUAUAGUUUGCCUUUUUAGUUGCAUCUUUGUCUGGUUUUGGAAUCAAGGUAAUGCUGGCUUCAUAGAAAGAGUUUGGAAGUUUUCCUUCCAUUUCUAUUUUUUUGGAACAGCUUCAAGAGAAUAGGUGUUAACUCUUCCUUAAAUGUUUAGUAGAAUUCCCCUAGAAAGCCAUUUGGCCCUGGACUCUUGUUUUUUUGGGAGAUUUUUGAUUAUUAAUUUGAUUUCUUUACUGGUUAUGGGUCUGUUCAAAUUUUCUAUUUCUUCCUGUUUCAGUUUUGGUAGUGUAUAUGUUUCUAGUAAUUUGUCCAUUUCUUCCAGAUUGCCCAUUUUAUUGGCAUAUAAUUGCUCAUAGUAUUCUCUUAUUAUUGUUUUUAUUUCUGCUGUGUUGGUUGUGAUCUCUCCUCUUUCAUUCUUGAUUUUAUUUAUUUGGGUUCUUUCCUUUUUGUUUUUGAUCAAACUGGCUAGUAAACCACUAGCCAGUCAAUUUUGUUAAUUCUUUCAAAGAACCAGCUUCUGGUUUCAUUGAUCUGUUCUGGGUUUUUUUUUGUUUUUUGGUUUUUUUUUUUGUUUUUUUUUGGAUUUGAUAGCAUUAAUUUCUGCUCUAAUCUUUAUUAUUUCCUGUCUUCUGCUGGUUUGGGGUUUUAUUUGCUGUUCUUUUUCCAGUUCUUUAAGGUUUCAGGUUAGGUUGCGUAUCUGAGACCUUUCUUCCUUCUUUAGGAAGGCCUGGAUUGCUAUAUACUUCCUUCUUAUGACCACCUUUGCUGUGUCCCAGUGGUUUUGGGUUGUGGUGUUAUCAUUUUCAUUGGCUUCCAUGUACUUUUUAAUUUCCUCUUUAACUUCUUGGUUAGCCCAUUCAUUCUUUGGUCGCCAAGUAUUUGUUACGUUUCCAAAUUUUUCCUUGUGUUUGAUUUUGAGUUUCAUAGCAUUGUGGAUCUGAAAAUUUGCAUGGUAUGAUCUCGAUCUUUUUGUACUUGUUGAGGGCUGAUUUGUGUCCCAGUAUGUGGUCUAUUCUGGAGAACGUUCCAUGUGUACUGGAGAAGAAUGUAUAUCCUGCUGCUUUAGGAUGAAAUGUUCUGAAUAUAUCUGUUAAGUCCAUCUGGUCCAGUGUGUCAUUCAAAGCCAUUGUUUCCUUGUUGGUUUUCUGAUUAGAUGAUCUGUCCAUUGCUGUGAGUGGGAUGUUGAAGUCCCCUACUAUUAUGGUAUUAUUAUCAACGAGUUUCUUUAUGUUUGUGAUUGAUUGAUAUAUUUGGGUGCUCUCACAUUUGUAGCAUAAAUGUUUACAAUUGUUAGGUCUUAUUGGUGGAUAGACCCCUUGAUUAUCAUAUAAUGCCCUUCUUCAUCUCUUGUUAACAGUCUUUAUUUUAAUGUCUAGAUAGUCUGAUGUAAGUAUGGCUACUCCGGCUUUCUUUUGUUGACCAAUAUCAUGAUAGAUGGUUCUCCAUCCCCUUACUUUCAAUCUGAAGGUGUCUUGAGGUCUAAAGUGGGUCUCUUGUGAAUAGCAUAUAGAUGGAUCUUGUUUUCUUAUCCAUUCUAUUACCCUAUGUCUUUUGAUUGGAGCAUUGAGUCCAUUGAUGUUUAGAGUGAGUACUGAAAGAUAUGAAUUCAUUGCCAUUAUGAUGCUUGUAGAGUUGGAAUUUCUGGUGGUGUUCUCUGGUCCUUUCUAGUCUUUGUUGCUUUUGGUAUGUAUGUGUGUAUGUAUGUAUGUAUUUCAUCUUUUCUCCCCUCAGAGUCCCCCUUAAAAUUUCUUGCCGGGCUGGUUUAGUGGUCUCAAACUCCUUUAAUUUUUGUUUGUCUGGGAAACUUUUAUUAGUCUUUCCUAUUUUGAAUGACCGCCUUGCUGGAUAAAGAUUUCUUGGCUGCAUAUUUUUCUGAUUCAGCAUAUUGAAUAUAUCCUGCCACUCUUUUCUGGCCUGCCAAGUUUCUGUGGAUAGGUCUGCUGCAAACCUGAUCUGUCUUCCCUUGUAGGUUAGGGACUUUUUUUCCCUUGCUCCUUUCAUGAUUCUCUCCUUGCCUGAGUAUUUUGUGAAUUUGACUAUGAUAUGACUUGUUAAUGGUUGGUUUUUUUGUUGACUCUAACGUGAGUCCUCUGUGCUUCCUGGAUUUUGAUGUCUGUAUCUUUCCCCAGGUUAGGAAAGUUUUCUGCUAUGAUUUGCUCACGUAACCCUUCUAUCCCUGUUUCUCUCUCUUCCUCUUCUGGGACCCCUAUGAUUCUGAUGUUGUUCUUUUUAAAUGAGUCACUGAUUUCUCUAUUUCUUAAAUCGUGCUCUUUUGCCUUAGUCUCCCUCUUUUUUUUCUGCUUCAUUAUUUUCCAUAAGUUUUUCCUCUAUAUCGCUGAUUCUCUGCUCUGCCUCAUCUAUCCUUGCUGCCGUUGGCAUCCAUUUGAGAUUGCAGCUCAGUUAUAGCAUUUUUUAUCUCAUCCUGACUAGCUUUUACUUCUUUUAUCUCUGCAGAAAAGGAUUCUAAUCUAUUUUCGACUCCAGCGAGUUUUCUUAUUAUCGUGAUUCUAAAUUCUGGUUCAGACCUCUUGCUUGUAUCUGUGUUAGUUAAGUCCCUGGCUUUUGUUUCUUCCUGCUCUUUCUUUUGGGGUGAGUUCCUUCAUUUCUUCAUUUUGAAGGGAGAAAAAGAAUUAAUGAGGUAAAAAAUUUAAAAAUUAAAAAAAGUUAAAAUUAAAAAAUUAAACACACACACACACUCACAAUCUAAUAAAUGAUGCUAGAUCCUAGGUGUGUUUUGGUCUGGGUGUUGACAAGGGCUUGAUAGAUUAGAGAAAAAAGGGGAAAGAGAAAAAAAGGAAAUCAUUGGAAAAUUUGAAAAAAUGAAUACUGAAAUAAAAUGAAAUGAUGGAAGUAAAAUAGAAUUUGAAAAAAUUUACACAAAAGUAAAAAGUAUAGUGGAAAAAAUUAAAAAUCUUUUUAAUAAAAAUUGGAAAUAAAAAUAAAUUGUUUCUGUAUUCAAGAAAAGAAACGAAAAAAAGAAAAAAAAAGAAAAUUGAAUAGAUGGACCAGCGAACAGAUUGAAAUACAAUUGAAAUUACUUCGUUUUCCCCUAGAAGUCAAACUAUGAAGUGCUUUAUAGCCCAUACACUAAGCAGGCGGAGAACACUCUUCUGUGUUCCUGAAGAGUGAGAUUGGCCCCGUUGGGCGGGGCUUAGUGUAAUGGCUCUGUUCUCCACUAGAUGGCGCUGCCUAGCUUACUGGGGUGGAUUGUUGUUGCGCAUGUAGGUGUGUAUGCGCAUGCGCGGGAGCAGUGAAAAUGGCGUCACCCAGCUACCCAGUCUCUAGUAUCGGAACUCUGCUCUCCCUGACCAGCAACCCUGCACCUGUCCUUUGUCUUCGGCUUCCAUCUACUCCCUGCUUUUACACUAUCCGUGACCAAGCCCCAGGCAGCACCUCCCUCCUGAGUUUUAUCUCAGAUGCGGCUGUGUUUCCCGACCCCUUUCUUCUGAGCGACUGCGGCUUUGACCCGUUCUGCCCCUCUGCCGAGGGUCUCACCGAGCAAUGGCCGGGUGCCAGCUGCACCCAGGAACAUUCACGGGACCAUGCUGCUGCCAAUGCUCAGGGGUUGCGGCAGGGUGCCAGCCUGCCCCAGAAAAAGUUCACACACGAUCGUGUAGCAGCAGCAUUUCAGGGAUUAUGGCAAAUCACAAAGUGCAUCUGGCACCGGGCUUCACCCCCAGCAACUUUGUUCCAGCACCAGCGAAUGUGGUUGUUCUCCCGGGUCCACUGGGCCCUUCCCUUUGGGGGACCCACACAGCCUCUACCAGGUGUCCUCCCAGCAGGGGAACCCCCGCUCCCUGUGUGGCUCGAAGACCCUCCAGACUUCAUUCUGCUCCUGGGGAUUCGCCCUUCUCACCAGAGCACUGCCAGAAUUUUUGGCCAGUUGAGUGAAAUUUCAAAGAUUUAAGCCAGCUUAACACUUACAGUCUCCGAUAACAUUUCAAGGAAAAAAGAGAAGACUAUGUGGAGUAAAUAAAAUAGAAACCAUA